AUACCCAUUUUUUUCCCCUUGAAAACAACAAUUCUCUAUUUUCUCUCUCCUCUUCUUUCUCUCUCUAAAAUUCCCCCAUUUCUUUUUUUUUUUUUUUUUUUUUUUUUUUUUUUUUUUAUUUAUAUCCCCUCCAUCUCUCCUUAUUUUCUCUAAAACCCAUUUCCCCCAAUUCAAUUUCAAUUCAGUCCUCCAUGGCUUUCUUCUCCUUUUUCUUCUUCUUUUUCCUUUCCUCUGUUUUGGCUUCUUCUCUGUUUCUCCUACUCCGUCCGGCCAGAUUCCGCCGUAUGAGGCUGCCACCGGGGACUCUCGGGCUUCCCCUGAUCGGAGAGACCCUUCAAAUCAUCUCCGCCUACAAGACCGAGAACCCUGAACCCUUCAUCGACGAACGGGUGCGGAAAUAUGGAUCGGUUUUUACGACGCAUUUGUUUGGUGAACCGACGGUUUUCUCAGCCGAUUGGGAAACGAACCGGUUUAUUCUUCAGAAUGAAGAGAAGCUUUUUGAGUGUAGUUACCCCGGUUCGAUUUCUAACCUUCUCGGGAAGCAUUCUUUGUUGCUUAUGAAAGGAAGUUUACAUAAAAGAAUGCAUUCUUUGACUAUGAGUUUUGGAAAUUCUUCGAUUCUUAGAGACCAUCUUUUGGCCGAUGUGGACCGGUUGAUCCGGCUCAAUUUGGACUCUUGGUCCGGCCGGAUCGUUCUCAUGGAAGAAGCUAAAAAGAUAACAUUUGAGUUAGCAGUGAAGCAAUUGAUGAGCUUUGAUCGCUGUGAAUGGACUCAAAGUCUCAUGAAACAAUAUCUUCUUGUCAUUGAAGGAUUUUUUACCGUUCCUCUCCCUCUUUUUUCAUCCACUUACCGUCGAGCCAUCCAGGCCCGGAGGAAGGUGGCGGAGCAAUUGGGGACGGUGGUGCGGGAGCGGAGGAAGGAAAGUGAGGACGGGUUGGGGAAGAAGGACAUGCUGGGUGCGCUGCUGGCCGGAGAAGACGCCCUCUCCGACGAGCAAAUAGUGGAUUUUUUACUGGCUUUAUUGGUGGCGGGAUAUGAAACGACGUCAACUACGAUGACGCUGGCCGUUAAGUUUCUGACGGAGACGCCGCUGGCUUUGGCCCAAUUACAGGAAGAGCACCAACAAAUCAAAGCAAGAAUGAAGGAAUCACACCAACACCUCCAAUGGAAUGAUUACAAGUCCAUGCCUUUCACCCAAUGUGUUGUGAAUGAAACAUUAAGAGUUGCGAACAUAAUCAGUGGGGUAUUUAGAAGAGCAAUGACAGAUGUAAACAUCAAAGGUUAUACGAUUCCGAAAGGAUGGAAGGUUUUCGCAUCAUUUCGUGCAGUACAUAUGGACCAUGAGCAUUUCAAAGAUGCACGUUCUUUUAACCCAUGGAGAUGGCAAAAGCAGAAUAGCUCGGGCUCAACGACAUUAAAUGCAUUUACACCGUUUGGUGGAGGUUCAAGAUUGUGCCCAGGUUACGAGCUGGCCAGAGUAGAACUCUCUGUUUUCCUUCAUCAUCUUGUCACCCAAUUCAGUUGGCUUCCAGCAGAAGACGAUAAGUUAGUAUUUUUCCCAACAACAAGAACACAGAAGCGGUACCCUAUCUAUGUGACGCGUAAGAACGAAAUUACACAAUGUAAAGACAGCCAUCCAGACACAUGAAGGGAAGAGAGUCGAGCUGGGGUUUCGAUAUGUAGAGGGGAGGUGUAAUCUUUCUCUUAAUCCUGUAUGAAUAAGAUCAUAUGCUAAAGUAAUGAGUUUUAUAAUACACAGAAUAUGGAGCUACUCAAUAGCACAGCCAAUGAAUUACCAAUACAAAAAUUAUAAAUAUCA